AGGGUGAUGGAGCUCCUGCCGCCCUUCCAGCGCGUGGUGCAGCCCGAGGAGAUGUGGCUCUACAGGAACCCCCACGUCGCCGUGGAUCGCAUCCCCGCGGUGCCCAUGUUCUUCAUCGCCUUUCUGUCUCCUGUGCUGGUCAUUGUCCUGGCGAGGCUGUUCCUGCACGCCGACCGGGAGGACACGCGGGAAGCCUGCCUGGCUGCCAGCCUUGCUCUCACCCUCAAUGGGGUUUUCACAAACGCCCUGAAGCUCGUAGUGGGGAGGCCCCGGCCGGACUUCUUCUACCGCUGCUUCCCGGACGGGCGCGCCAACGCGGAGCUGCUGUGCACGGGGGACCCCGGCCUGGUGGCCGAGGGGCGCAAGAGCUUCCCCAGCGGGCACGCAUCAU